GACUUACUUACAAAUGUUCAAACUUUUUUCCGUCUCACUCCUUCUACACAAGUAAUAUCUGCACGAUCAAUGCAUGGCUCCCUUGAGCAAGAAACGCAAGGAACCUUUACAAUCUCGCACUAUCGUCGAUUUCUUCUCAAAUAACGCGUCUACAAAGAAAAGCAAGCUUCAACACCCCCUUCCCAAAACGAACAAGAAGAACUUCAAAGCUUCCUUAUCUCGGAAUAUCAUCAUUAUAGAUUCGGACAGUGACGAUUGUAUAGCGAAAAGAGACAACGGGAAAACACGAGCAAUUCCAGGUGCUCAGAAACAACACGCUUCUCCGGAUCUAGAGGAAAAGGGGAACCUACGUGGUUCUAAUGAAUGCGAGUGGAAGCAAUCUCUCACACGUGUCGCUUUGUCAAAUCAUGAAGAAUCUCAUGAGGAUAAACUCCCCACAUUUGGAAAACCCGCUUUAUUGCAAGUUCCCGUUCAGAGCAGCAUGAACACUGUAGAAAGGAAGGAGACUUUACUCCAGUCGUCGGUCAUUAAAGCCACUUCCAGCAUCUCUACCUUCGGUGUUCCAACUUUGUUACUCCAGUCCUCAGUCGAGCCAACUCAUGAGCUACUUUUUGAAGGAAACGCAUCCGCAGAAGUCGGUAUCCCCAAACCUUAUAGGGAUCGUGGAAAUAUACCACAUUCUAUCGAUGUGGUAGAUGUCGAUUUUACAGGUGAUGAUGAGCAAUGGGGUGUUGGAGACGAUGAGCUGGCCAUCAUCAAAGCCGCUAACGAUGACAUUGAGAUGGAGGAUGUCUCAGAACAACUCAAUGACUGCGUCCAUCCUGCUAGUUGCCCUAUCUGCGAGCUCAACAUAUCACGUUUACCUGGCUUGGUUGGUGACAUGACCACGCUGCAGAUUAGUAACCCCUCUGAUGCACAUUUUAGGAGAGACAACACCAUGUCAAUAAAUGUCUCGACUCCACCGUUAGUUCCUCAAGCGCAAAUGCAAUCAUAACUUCAGAUUUGGAUGUCACAUGCGAGCCAAGUACGAGUAGACUCAAAGAUGUCCACAACACCACCGACUUAUAUGCCGUCCUGAUGACAUCCUAUAAGGAAAAUGAAGCUUGGAAGGAAGCAGAUCUCGCAGAGGACCGUAGUUCUCGAUCAUCUCGAGCACAGGGCAGCCGGAGAAAGGCACCAUUUUACAAAGUUCUGCAGGGAAUGCCCAUCGCCGUUGAUGCGUUCCGCUAUGGAACCAUACCAGGCGUCGCCGCCUACUUUUUAACGUGUGUAUCCCAAACUGAUACGCCGUCACAGCCUUCACACUAUUUUUAGUCAUGCUCAUUCCGAUCAUUAUACCAACCUCGCUUCAAAUUGGAAAAGCGGGCCGAUUUAUUGCUCAGGUAUUGUUCAUUCUAGCUUU